AUGCCCCGCGUGCUGCCUGCCGUCGCCUCGACGCCGCUCGUCUACUUCGCCAGCACCGCUGCGCGGCCGUCGGACGCCGCUUCCGACGUCCAGGCCACGGUGCCGCUCUGCCGUGCGCUCAAGACGCUGCAGGGCCAGGUCCUCUUCAGUCCACAGAGCACGCUUGACGCCGACACCCUCGCUGCACGCCUCUGCAAGCUGUCUACGCUCGGCUACGUGCACGGCCGGGAGGAGGCGGCGAGCACUCCGGCGGCGAGCUUGGUCUUCCGCGCCAUCGGCAAGCGCGGCGGGCGGGGCCACAGCUUCACGAGCGACGAAGCGAAGAGAGCUGCGAAGGCGGGCCUGACCGAGGCGACGGGGCUGCAAGGCUCUAGUGACAACCACCUCGCGGCCCGCCUGAGCGAGCUCGGCCUCGAGCUGCCGCGCGACGCGCGGGACGUGGUUGCUCCGCUGUGGGAGAUGCCGCUCGAGGGGCAGCGCGCUCGCAAGCAGGCCGAGAGGGAGCGCCUCGUGGCGCGCCGCUUCACCCGUGAUGAGCUCAUGAGUAACGAGUGGCUAAUAGGCCGAGAUGGAGCGCCUCGUGGCGCGGCUGAGGUUGGCGGCGUCCCGUUUGUGCCGGCCUGGAUGGCGGCGGUGGCCGCGGAGGUCGGCGCCGCGAUGCGGGAGUGGGAGGCCGGAUUGGCGGUGCAAAGCGACGGUACACCGCCCUCGCUCCCGUUUGCGCUGCUGCGGCUGCGCGGCAGCCUCCGCACGCGCCAGUCCGCGGACCUGCUGCUGGAGACGGUCCGGUCGCUCGUGUCGGACGGCGGGCGCUGCUUCCCGCCCUUGCUGCUCGACAUCUGCUGCGGCGGCGGCGCGAUCGGCCUCGACGUGGCCCGUGCUGCGGUCGCGGCGGGCGCUUCAACGCGGGUGGUCGGUUUGGAGGCCGUGUGCAAGUCUGUGCGGCAGGCGGCCUCGGUGCGGCGCGUCGUGAUUGUGUCCUGCAACCCGCACGGGUUCACGCUGCGGCGCGACUACGUCGUCAAGGGCGGGUCGCUCGCGGCGAAUUUGCGCGUGCUCUGCGGCAGCCGCGGCCGCGGCGCACCCUUUGCGCUGCAGAGGGCGAUCCCGAUCGACAUGUUCCCACACACCCCGCACGUGGAGCUGGUGCUGCUUCUGGAGCGAGGAGUGCCCCUUCCCCAGGUCAGUAGUAGCUAG